UAUAUAUAAAUAUGAAACAUCACAUAAACAUAAACGUUUAAUUCCUCAAUGGAGGUUCAUAUGGUUGUGUGUAUUGGGUAUAAUACACACAACCACAAUCAUUAAUUAAUCUAAAAAAGCAUCAUAUCUCAAUCAAAUUCAUGCAAGAUGGCAUGGAUUUGGAAAUGCUUGAUGCUUUUUCUUGUGUUGUUUGGAGAUCAUGUCAUUGUGGAUUGCUUUAUAGGCAUCAAUUGGGGUAGAUCGGCAUCACAAAACUUGGUGCCGUCAAUGGUGGUGGAUUUGCUUUUACAAAACGACAUCCCCAACCUUAGAAUAUAUGGUCCUAAGCCUAGCAUUCUUGUCGCCUUUGAAGGCAGCCCCACCGCCAUUGCCGUCACCAUAAUGAAAGACUUUGUCAUGAGGAAGAAAUGGACCAAUGUCAAGAGCAUGGAUGACAUGCUCGAAAAUCUCAUCAUCCCGCCCAUACAAAGAGGUGUUAACAUUCAGACUUUGAUUAUAGUUCAUGAGCCGUUCACUAUGGUAAGACCAAUACUCUGGAAUAUAACGGACGUGUUCAGACAGACUCGGGCAUCACUGGACAAUAACAACCUUAAGUACAUCAGGACGACGACCAGUCAUUUCACCGACGUGAUAACCAUGACGAAGAAGCCGUCGGAGGCCGAUUUCCGGCCAGACAUCAAAGGGACGAUGAUGGGGUUACUGGAGAUAAUCAACAAAACCAACUCCUUCUUCACCUACAACAUAUUCCCGAUCACUUCUGUCGAGCAAUACAAGUGGCCCAUGGAAUUCGGGUUUAUGGAUAACAAGUCCAAUUUCACCGUCGUCGACGGCGCGUACACUUACACGAACGCUUUCGAGUUCUUAUUCGACGCGCUAGUCGUGGCCUUGGAGAAGGCGGGGUACCCGGACAUGGAGAUCCAGAUCGGGCAGAUCGGGUGGCCGACGGACGGAUCCAAGGACGCCACCGUCGAGAACGCGGAGCGGUUCUACCGGAGCUUCAUCCCGCACAUCGUGAAAAACAGGGGAACGCCGCGGCGGCGGAACAUAUCGAUCGAUGUGUACCUCAAUUCUCUCGGAGACGAGAACCGGAACAUCAUAGAGUACGGCGCGUAUCAACGCCACUUCGGGAUCUACGCGUACGACGGAUCUCCCAAAUUCCCGAUCGAUAUCUCGGGAAAUGGCCGGACGGUGUACCCGACGGAGGCGAAGGGGACGGUGAAAUCGCCGUCACGGUGGUGCAUUUUCAAAGGAGACAUGAGCAAUAAGGCGUUGGUGGAGGCGCAAGUGGCGGCGGCGUGCAAUAUGUCGGACUGCACGGAAUUGCUUCCCGGCGCGUCGUGCGGACGCAUCGGCUACGCCGACCGGGUCUCGUAUGCUUUCAACGCGCUGUAUCAAAUACAGAACCAGGAGAAUCAGGCCGGAGCUUGCGAGUUUGCGGGGUUGGGUGCGUUGACGCCGAUCGAUCCCUCGAUCGGAGAAUGCAAAUACCCGGUGGGGAUUUUGACGGCGGAGACGGUUGAUGGCGGUAUUCAAUUGGCAGAAAACGUUUUUAAUUAUGCUCUUAAUACUGGCAUUAGCUCUUCUGCUUCACCUGCAUGUAACAUUUCAUUAGAACAAGUGUUUUUUGUUCUACCCAUGUAUAUAAUCUUCCUUGUUUUGAUCACUAAAUGACAAUUUUUGUUUGUAGUUUUUUUUACUUCAUUGUUUGCUGCUGCAAAUCUGAACAUUCUCACUACUCCGUAUAUUUUAAGGGUUUAUUCAGC